GAAGGUGUUGAGUCUACGGCUCUGCAUUCAGCCUAGAAAUGGAGUUAAGUGGUACCGCGAAAUUAUCAAACCUCAGUUGGAUUUCCAGGAAAUAGCUGGUGGUGAUGUACAAUCCGUAAUAGAUGGCUUGCGUCAGUACAGAUACGAUGUAAGUUCAGGACCCUUGUGGUGCUGUAGACUUCUGUACGACGUCACAACCGACGCAGCAGAAAUGGACAUUCCCGAAGGACUUGAACAUAUGACACAUCUGUUCUUAGGGUUUCACCAUGGCCUUCAUGACGCGACCUCAAAUAUUCAAGUUUGUGGCUGGCUUAUUGAUAUCCUCAAUGAUUUGAUUGCCGGAGUGCCAGUCGACGAUGACAUACAGCUAGGAAACUUUACAUCCCAUGAACAGACCAACAGACUGGUGGCAGAAAAGAAAAAGAUCCUCGAGGUUAAUCAAAAUCUGAAGACGGAACUGGUCUACGAAAGGGCCGCGAAGAUAAGUGGUUUGUCGCUCUUGAGAAUGAUCAACCCCGUACCCUUAGGGAGUGAGAAGAACGGCAAGUCGCUUCACCUGAAACAUAUGUUGGAUAGACCUACCACGGGUCGUUUCCUGAAGAAGUGCCGAGCGGAGGGUGUGACUGCCCACGCUGCAUUCACCGCCCUUGCUAAUGUAGCUCUGCUUGAUAUACUGAGGGAGAAAGGUAUCCUUUUAGAUGACUGUAUCAUAACGAGCUCCCACGUUGUCAACAACAGGCGUUAUUGGAGGGAUCCCGUACCUGAUUCUAUGGGAUGCCAUGUUUGUUUUCCUCUGCUGGAUCUUCAGACCCUGACACCUCAAAAUGCGAGUCAGAACUUUUGGACCUACGCCCGAUCAAUUCAUAUGGACCUGAAGAAGCAGCUGGAUUCAGGCAAACCACUACUCCAGACUGCUUUGAACAAUUGCUCGCCAAACCAAGACUAUUCAGAAUACUAUCAGGUGACAAAAACUGGACUAUCUAAUUACAGCACUUCUAACAUGGGUGACGUAACUCCCAUGAUUUCACAAGAAAGAGAAAACGUCAGGUUAACAUACUUUUAUCGAACUAUAUCCGUAAGUCACUCGAGCAAUACCUUAUCCCACGUAAUGCAUACGUACAGGGGGUAUUUCAUCUAUGUUAUGGAUUAUAACACUGGAACUGUUCAGACCAAAACAGCAGAAAGAUUUUGCCAAAAGAUUUUCACCCAUCUUGACAAAGUUUUGAAGAGUGACAAAAAAAAUGUUCCUCCCAUGCUUCCUCUACCGCAACAUAUCACAAUUUUCACCGACGUAGAAGAAGUAGUAUAAAUAAUAUGUAAACUAACAGAACGAACGUUUGCUUAAUUGCUUCUUAAUCAUUGCUUUAUAUGAAAACUUGACAGGAAUCUUAAUAUCUAUUAAUAUGCUCAUUUCAGAUGCCUAAGAAGGAAUCAGGCUUUAUUGUUCACCUUCCAUUUGUAAUAGAGUAUCACGAUGCUGUUCCUGUAAUACAGCCAUAUUUUGCGUACGUAACCCUUCCUAAAAAUCCAUAAGCUGCUAAAUUUUCACUGUUGAACAAAUAAACAGUUACUCACAACUAUAAAAGCUUUUUUACGCCAUAACCCCCCCCCCCCCCAAAC